GGUUGAAUGUAAAAAAGCACAACCGAAAGAAGUGAUGCUUCCAGCUAAUUUAGCAAAAACACGCACCGCUGGACGUGGAACUUAUGCGGGUCAUCAACAAGCAGCAACGACUACUCACAUUCUACCUCUCUCAGCUAAUCCCCAUUCGAUUGUUCAUUAUGCACCUGCACUUGGUGCCACAUCGAAUUUGUAUGAUACUGCAGCACACGCGGUAUCAUACAAGAGAUUGCUGGCAGCAACUGCAGCUGCUUCAUUUCGUUCACAUCCCCAUCAAACUCAUCGACCCACCGCUUCCCUUACAUAUCCUCUUGGUGAUUUACUUGGAGUUCAGAGUCUCGAUUUGUCGGGACUCUAUCAGAUUCCUACGGCCACAAUCGGUUUCCCAGCAGCUGCUUAUGCUGCAUACGCCGCUGGUCGGGGUUUCUCCGGAUAUCCAAGCUUUGGUUUACCUUAUCCAACAGUGGAUUUAAGUAAUGGACAAUUAACACCAAAUAACAACACGCCACUCCUCACUCAAGCGCUAUCAGUUAUGAAUAAUUAUCAAGCUGCUGCAGCACAAGGCUAUGGUCCUCCGACAUCGCCGCAUGCGACAAACACAAGAACCGGAUUUCCAGCGGCAAACUCUCCAGGACCAACAAUAGAUAUGUAUAGUUCUAAUGGCGCCGAUAGUGUGAGCUAUGUGCAGGCAACAAGUCCACAACCGUCGGGAUUUCCUGCUAUUGCUGUCAGUCGUGCACCACUUAAUUACAGCCCUGGACCAUUAAUACCAGCGGCUUUCACAAAUGGCUAUCAUUAAAUAAGAUUGCCCCAAUUAUAAGAAAAAAAAAGUUAUUUCAUGGAUUUUUUUUUCUCUUUUUAAAGGAAGAAAAUAAAGAAGUUUUCAAUGUGAAUGAAUCAGAAUUUCUCGAAAUGAACUUAUAAUAAAAUGAUGAAAUUUAAUGAAAACAGGAAGAAAGAAAGGAAGAAGAAAAGAAGAAAUAUAAAAUAAAAAUACCAUUCCCACCCAAUUUUAUAAAAAUGAAAAUAAAGAAAAACAAGUUUUCUAAAACUAUCUGAAUGAAUGAAAUUUUGUACUUUUUUCUCGGAUUGCAGAGAGAAAAAGGAAGAAAUUGAUUGA